AUGUCUAAUAAAUGUUUCAGAGGAUCAAUGGGAAUCUUUGAAUACAUGACUCCACUAUGGAAGAUCAAGCAGGGAGACAACAUGCGCUAUCUUUUGUUUGUUGAGAACUGGAACUAUCAGCAGAGACCACGUGUGCAAAGAGUGAGCAGACCGAAACGGCCUGAGAAGGCGACUGAGUUGGGAUACAAGCCGCAAGAGGGCUACUUUAUUUACCAUGUCCAAGUCAGGCGAGGAGGCAGGAGGAAAUCGAGACCGCUGACUGGAGACUCGACUGGGCCAAAAGCGCACCAGCAGAUGGCAGAAACCAAAGCUAACAGACACGUGAAGACUUUGAAAGUAAUCGACUCUUACUGGGUGAGUCAAGAUGGAACCUACAAGUACUACGAAGUUCUCAUGGUGGAUCCCUCUAACGACAAUGUCAUGCGAGAUUACAACGUAAAGGACAUCCUGGCGAGACGUAGACGCGAGAGAGCGGAGGUUGCCGGACGCAUGAUCAAUAACAACCUCUCCCCUCCUAGAGGUAGAUUUGGGGGUCGUGGUGGGGGUUUCCCUUACAGGGUGGGCUACCAAGGGGGGUACCCAGGAGCAGGACCAUCUUCCAGAUGA